GCUUCCGGCCCAGGGGCCGGCAGGUUGGGGAGGGGGCCAGGGACUGCUCAGGGAUCCUGGAUCGGGGGAGACUCCUCUCCCCACCCCCAGAAAGCGGGGCUGCCUAGCUGGGGCGUCGCUGGGAGGCCAUGCCCCGCGUGCGGCUUCCGGUCUCUUCCGGCACGGGCCGCCGGGACUCUGCGUCAUUUCCGGCGGCGCUGGGCGUGGUCUGUUGGGAGUUGGCGGCGGCGGCAGCAGCCAAAGGCCUGCCAGCGGAGGUGGGGGAAGUCGGCUGGUGUCUGCCCCGACGCCGGACGGCCCUGGACUGCAUGGCUUCCCCGCUGGAGCUGGAGCUGGAGCUGGAGCAGGAAGUGCAGGGGAAAGUGGAUUCGUUUCGAGCCCGCAUCGCGCAGGAGGCCGAGGAUCUGGUGUCCACCUUCUUCCCUCAGAAACUGUCGGAGCUGGACAGUCGGGUCCAGGAGCUGCGCCUGCAAGACCUGUCCAGAAUCCGCUCGGUGCCCGCCCUGGAGCCCACCGCCGUGUCCGACCCCGUGGGGGACGCGCCCAACCGGGACCCGCCACCGCCGCUGCAGCCCCAGUCCUCGCUCAAGGUGCCGGCCCUGCUUGGGGGCGAAGGACAGCUGCUGCGGAGCAACCAGCAUCUGGUGGAGCUGAUUGAGCGGGUAAAGCCCGAGAUCGAGCGGCUGAGAGAGAAGUGCAGCACGGUGCGGAUGUGGGUGCAGCUGCUCAUCCCGAAGGUGGAGGACGGCAACAACUUCGGCGUGUCCAUCCAGGAGGACACCGUGGACCAGCUGUGCACCGUGGAGAGGGCCGCAGCCUCCUACCUGCGCCGCUUCUCCACCUACUACAACACCAGGGCCAAGCUGGUGUCCGAGAUCGUGAAGUACCCCCAGGUGGAAGAUUACCGCCGCACGGUGGCCGAGGUGGACGAGAACGAGUAUCUGAGCGUGCGCCAGAUCCUGCUGCCCGUUCGGAACCAGUAUGCCACCUCGCACGACGUGAUCCUCAAAAACAUCGAGAAGAUCAAAACCCCUCGGACCACCAACACUGACAACCUCUACUGAGGGCUUUUCUCCACCCCUCUUUCCUUCAGGAGGUGGCCCAGCUGUUUAGCCAGCCAAAAGGGGUUCUUAAUGACUCUACAGGUGACGAAGCUACUGGAAAUGUGCGUUAGUUACGUUUAAUGACAGUUGCGUACAGCUUUAUCCUCACACUCAGUCCUUGUGGUGUAGCUGUUACUUGCUUUUUCUUUCCCCGAGAGGAUGAGGACAGACCAUGGUAGGGUUGGCCAGGGAGGAGGACUGCUGUUUUUAAAAGCAGUUUUGUAGAUGAAUGUUGGCCAGGGGUUCUUUUUUAUGGCAUUGGUGACAUUGGAUGGUUUCAGGGGUUACUCAAAGAAAAACCUGAAGUUCAAAAAGAAAGUUAAAUGAAGUCUUUCCUGAGGUUCUGCUAUAUGUUCCUUUGUUCAAACCUCAGAAAUGCUCCUUUUACCACCAUCGUUUGUUUUUUGCAAGGGAAGGGGUUUAAAGGGAUGUGUUUAGGUCAUUGUAUGUCUCCAGUUUGGCAGAUUGAAAUAAAACUUGGA